GUCCAGUGGACAUCGCCAUUGAUUCCUAUAUGGGGCUACAGGAGCUCGUCAGCCUUGUAGAGAGCCCUGUUACUAGUAUGAAACCUACUUGUAUGGAAGAACUUGUUUGGAAAGGCAAUGGGUAUGGACAGAACUUCGGAUAUAUCUACUAUUCUACCAACAUUACACAUGGCGGGAACCUUAAUUUUACUAGUACACCCACAGACAGGAACGAGAUAUUUGUGGAUGACGCUCCUGUAGCUACGCAUGAUGUUCACGACACUGACCUCGCCGUGUCCAUCCCUUCACCUCCACACAAUGGACAGGACAUGACUUUAGGAAUACUGGUGGAAAACCGCGGGCGGGUCAACUACGCUAUGAUGCCGUACAAUUUCCUCAACGAACAGCGUAAAGGGAUUAACUCCGACAUAUUACUGGACAACCAGGCGAUACAUAACUGGAGUAUAUACCCCCUAGAUUUCUCUAAGGACUUUAUCAAGAGCAGCCCGUACAAACUUCUGACCCCCAAUUACCUGCGUCUGCUCCCAAAGUUAUGCCUGUCCCCCACCAACGCCCGUCAAACAAUGACAACACCGUCUGAUCAUGUGUCUACAACUGCUCCCGAGCGUUCAUUCACAUCAGGGAUAACAGACUUCCGUGAUUACAUAAUGAGUAAAAGAAAUCAAAACACAGUAAGAAAAACUGAAGGUGAUUAAAAUGGGGGGAUCUUGAACUGAAAACUGACGAAAACGGCCAAGAAUAUUGGGAAUUUAAUGAAAGAUCAACAAAAACUCGUGGAGGCAAUUCAACUCACCAGAGGUCAUUUAAUCCAAAACUUUUUGUACAAUCCGAGAAUUCAUUCGGAUGUCCAAUCAAAUCAUCAUGUUUACGCGAAACACAGGCCACACUUGUUUUUGUGAAUGAAAUUUGCACGCGCUGUGACGUAGUCGCUCAACGACAGCACAUUAGCUAUAUGUCUAGUUGUGGAGAAUUUGUUUGAUGCCAUCGAUAUAUAGGUUUAAUUUGAUUUUUUGAAUAUAUCCAUGCUUAACUAAUGCUAAAUUAAAUUAAAUUAAACAGUAUAUUUAAGCUUUGCUGCUUGAAGUAAACGAUGUUGUAUUUUAGAUCAUAAUUAAAUGCUGAACACUUUCACGGACAGUUUGGGGAAUUUAUUAACACGGCAUUUUAACGUUUGAAUCUGAUUUCAAAUAAAUGAUUUCGCAUCAAUUAAUGUUGUGCUUUUCCUUUACAUUAUCAGUUUGAAAACAGAAGGGAGUUAAUCAGUACAAAAAUAUUGAUGUGUAAAGUGUCUAGAUCUGUCAACAAGGCCUCCGCUUUUAAUAAGGUGGCGUUUUUUUGAUGACGAGAUGAUUAUUUUUUUUAUUGAAAACGAAAAUAAUACAUAGUGAUGUGACGCCACUUGAAACCGCAAAUAUAUUUCAUAAUUAAGGAAAGUUGUAAUUAAUAAAGGUAUGUGAUAAAAGCAAAACCACCCACAUGUGUUGAUCUGUCGAGUCGGAUCACCCUCGUUUCUUGCGCGAAGGAAAAAAUAUCACUCGUUACUCCGCACACUCGUGAUAUUUUCCUCCGCGCAAGAAACUCGGGCGAUCCGACUCGACAGAUCAACACAUAUGGGUAGUUUUGCUUAUUUAUCAAAUAACAAUAAUUAUAAACAAUUCUUGUAUAUUGAUUAUAGAAUAUACGAUACAACAUUACAUCAUCGAGACAGUAAUGUAUAUAUAGACAGAGCCUUACCUUGUUACAUUAGAUCACGUGACGCAUUUUGCGUCUAGCUCUUCUCUGUUUCCAUUAUUUUGCUAUAUAUCAGAUCUGUUAUGUAAUCGACUGUGUGAAAUGUAAUGUUUUUUACUCGAACACACUGCAUGGUUUCAAAGAAAAUGUAUUCAGAACGUGUUUAAUGCAUACCGAUAUAGCGACGCCUUGGAUACAUAAUAUUGUGUUCAUGCAAACAUUUAUUUUUGAAUCUGAUGUGCUUUUACCAGGUCAGAACACAGGAUUAAAGAUGUUGUAUUGAACAUUUAAUGAAACAAAAUAUGAAUCUACAAAAAAAACAUUAAUAUAUCAGUACAAAGGACUGUUUAUGAUAUAUGUUUGUUGGUGUUCCGUUUUCAAUUUUUGCUGUC